UCAGUACUGCCCACAAGCCCAGGCAGGGGGGAGAGGAGUUACCACACGUGCACCAAAUGCAGCUUCCUAAAUGCAACCUGCACAAUAAUACUGUUCUCGCUGUGUGACAGAUUUCCAGUGUGUGCCAUAUAUAUGUGUGUAUCCCCACACCAUGCUUGUGCAGCUAUUAGUGUGUGUGUCCCACACCCAUUUCCUGCAGCUUCCUCUCCUCCCAAUCUGUACAUUGCCCUGUCCUGUGGCUCCACCUGCCCCUGACACACUAUUAUGUCCCUGUGAGAUCAGCAGCAGCAGCAAUACCUCAGCCAUGGCUGCCUCCUCUGUGCUGUCCCUGAGCGGCCUCUGUCACUGGGCUGCCUGGCUCUUCCUCCUCUACCUGCUGUACAAAGCCUCUACGCUGUACCUGAGGUGGCAGCAGCUGCGCCGGGUGUUCUCUCCCUUCCCGGGUCCAGAGCGCCACUGGCUGUACGGCAACGCUCAUGAGUUUAAACAAGAUGGGACAGACUUGGACAGGGUGGCUGGAUAUGCAAAGCAGUAUGAGUAUGGAUUCCCGAUGUGGCUCGGAAAUUUCUUCGCUUCUCUCUUUAUAUGUCACCCGGACUACGCAAAGGCCAUUCUGUCCCGGCAGGAUCCAAAGGACAGCAUCGGGUAUCUAUUCAUAACCCCAUGGAUUGGGAAAGGGCUGCUGGUGUUAUCAGGACCAAAAUGGUCCCAGCACCGCAAGCUGCUGACUCCGGCCUUCCACUAUGACGUCCUGAAGCCGUAUAUCGGACUGAUGUCAGACUGCGCCAACACCAUGCUGGACAAAUGGGAGAAGCUGGUCCCCGAUCAGAAGCCGCUGGAGCUCUUCCAUUAUGUCAGCCUCAUGACCCUGGACACCAUUAUGAAAUGUGCCUUCAGUUACGAGAGCGACUGCCAGAAUGAUGGCAAGAAUGAUUAUAUCAAUGCGGUGUAUGAGCUGUCCUUCCUGGUGGGCCAGCGAGCUCGCUGCUUCCCCUACCACAAUGACAUCAUCUACUACCUGAGCCCACACGGAUUCCGUUUUCGGAGAGCGCUGAAAAUCGUUCACCAGCACACGUAUAAAGUCAUUAAACAGAGACAAGAAUCUCUUAAGCAGGAGACGGAACUCGAGAAGAUCAAGCAGAAGAGACACUUGGACUUUCUGGACAUUCUGUUGUGUGCCAAGGAUGAGAACGGGCAGGGCCUGUCCGAUGAGGAUCUGCGGGCGGAGGUGGACACGUUCAUGUUUGAGGGACAUGACACCACAGCCAGCGGGAUCUCCUGGAUAUUAUACUGUAUGGCCAAGUACCCGGAGCACCAGGAGAAAUGCCGGAAGGAGAUCCGAGAGGUCCUGGGGGAGCGGAACACCGUGGAGUGGGAGGAUCUGGGUAAGAUGCCGUACACCACCAUGUGUAUUAAGGAGAGUAUGCGCCUAUAUCCCCCUGUACCAGGAGUGGCUCGUGAGCUCAGCCAGCCAAUCACCUUCUGCGAUGGGAGGACCCUGCCCAAAGGAGCGACUGUGUUACUGAGUAUAUAUUGUAUCAACCGGAGUCCCAGCAUGUGGGACCAUCCAGAGGCGUUUGACCCUCUGAGAUUUUCACCGGAUAAUUCAUCCAAUAGACACGCGUACAGCUUCAUUCCCUUCUCAGCUGGAUCAAGAAACUGCAUUGGACAGAACUUUGCCAUGCACGAGAUGAAAGUCGCCGUCGCCCUGACGUUACAGAGAUUUGCGCUGAGUCCAGAUUUAGACAAAGAACCAUUGAAGAUCCCUCAGUUAGUCCUGCGCUCUCUAAAUGGCAUUCACCUGAAUCUGAGGAAAAUACAGAGAAAAUCCUGAAAA